AUGCCUGGAGGACGAGGGGCGAAGAAGAGUGGACGCGGUGACGGAGGACGCGGUGAGGCGUCACGUCAGUCGCGUCGUGUUCAAGGUAUGGAGCCUGAGGAGCGCAAGGACCUGGAAACAGUCGUCCGCGACGCUCGGAAGGCGAACGUUGCAAGCGCGGUCAUCACGGAGAUCCGAAACGAGGAACACCUACUGAACCAGGAGAAUGCAGAGUACGCCGACCAGAUCGACUGCUUGAGUGUGAAUAUCCAGGCGUGUCUCGAUGAUGAUCUAAGUGGUACACGCUUCAGCUUCUCUCCACCACGCCGUGGGAAGAGCAAGAAACUUGGAGAAGUAGCUGUCUUGAACUAG